GGAAAGCCGAAUCUUCCAUACCGGAUGUUCCCACACCACCUGCCUUGCGUCAUCAGUCUCUUGACAUCGAGGUUAGGUGAAAUUAUGGGAAGGUGGGACCCAGUUUCCAUAGUUGUUUCUGUACUGCACAGUACUAUAGGUUCUGUACCUAUCAAUUGACGACUGCCAGUCACCGAUGAUCGAUCCACAGUCACAGUUUCUGACCGAACAUUCGUUACUGGAAAGUAGAUCAUACAUUGAGAUAUUAGCGGUGACCGCAUAUUUGGUAGAUCCGGUCAUUGUGCCCGCAUGGAACUGUAAUCAACUAUCUAGUCCCUCGCUGGUAAUUUCGUAAACUCGUGUCCGGAGGCUGCUGGGAUGAAUGCGGUGAAGCACUGAUUCUACAUUCGGUCUCAAAAAAGGUGCAUCUGAAGAUUGAAAUUUUGCCUUCACCUUUAGAUGUUGAUGUGUCGAGGCGAAGUAGUGUUACAGUACAAUCACUGUCGAAAUUCGAAGACAGUACAUGGUUAAGAAAUAAACAGGGGUAACCAGUAGACAGAAGUCUGUGUUGUCUGGUUGGGUAUACUCCAAGUAUGUUGAUGAGAAUUAUCGAAUCUCAUCAUGUGGGCUCCAUGGAAUAAAUGUACGGAGGCGGCGACGAAGAAUUUGUUACUAAGCAGACAAUGUGUCAGUACCGAAGAAUUUGAAAACAAGGUCAAGUUCAUUGCCUAGCCGACGAAGUUGAAGGAACAGAGUCCCUGUGUAGAAACUUGUUGAACUUGGAGCUCAGUAUGCAUCCCGAGAAAUUUAUUCGACCACGAAGUAUCGCUCUGAUUAUUGAAAUUGAUCUGGGCCACCUUAUACGCAUGGCACAGGCUGAGGCGUGAAUAGCCAGUAUGGCAUUUACUACCUGCUUAGUAGCUCCGAGAUCACUGCCUUGCAACCUGCAGAAAGAGUGCACACAAAGGUCGCUGUGGGGGUUCAACAGAAAAUUCAGCUUGAUCUCCACCAGGAUUUAUGCCCUUCGAUCAGAUUCCCGGAAGAAAUCUACACUUCAAUAUACUCUGUCCUUUAGAGAUUCAGUUGAUUUACACAAGCAACAUCGUAUAUUCCGUUCUGCAUCUGCCGAGGUGCAAUGCUCAGGAGAUUCUGGAUUUGAGCCUACUAUUGACAGCAAUAAAACAAGGACUGGAUCAUGGGGCCUGUUACGAACUGGAGCUUUGAUUGGAUCAGCAACUGUUCUUAGCAAAAUACUGGGCCUUGCACGGGAGACAGUUCUAGCUGCAAUUUAUGGAGUUGGCCCAGUAAUGAAUGCGUACAGCUAUGCAUCUGUUGUUCCUGGAUUCUUCCUCGCCCUUCUUGGAGGUAUAAAUGGUCCUUUUCACUCUGCUGUUGCUGCUUCUCUGAGCAAAAGAUCCAGGGAAGAAGGGAGAGAUCUUAUCCAAGGGGUGACUGCAGUCACUUUUGUGGUUGGUGUUGCGUUAAGCUUGGCUGUAGUAUUUUGUGCAGCCCCACUAUUGGAUGUGUUAGCUCCAGGACUGGUUGUCUCGGGUUCUCCUGGAAAUGUCACCAGGCAUCUAGCAAUUUUACAGUUAAAGAUUAUGGCUCCUUGCGCGGUAUUGGCUGCACUGAUUGGGAUCGGAUUUGGGAGUCUCAGUACCGUUGGGGUGUAUGGAUUACCAUCUUUGAGCCCAGCUUUAUCCAGCAUCAGCAUUAUGAGUGCGGUGGCUUUGAGCACCCUAAUGUUAAAGCGAAGGAGUUCCAUGUCGAAUCUCUACUCUGGCAGUGUAGCUCUAGCAGCUGGAACCACUUUCGGAGCUUUGGCUCAAUGGGUCCUACAGGCAGUUGCACUACGAAGGACAGGAUAUGGUCCAACUCAGGUUUUGGGAAGGCCAAAAGCCAUAUUUGAAGACAAAGGAGUUCGGGAGGUCUUCUCAGUUCUUCUCCCUGCUGCCGUUUCUUCUGGAUUACUUCAAAUUGCUACCUUCACCGACCUUUAUUUUGCAUCGUUUAUUCCUGGUGCAGCUGCCGGGUUGAAUUAUGCCAACCUUCUCGUCCAGGCCCCGCUGGGAAUUCUUUCAAGCGCUAUACUGGUUCCCAUGCUACCCAUGUUUUCUCGCUUGUCAAAACCUUCAGGAAAGCUUGAACUCCAAGAGCGCGUGAAACAAGGCCUUUUAUUAUCCAUGGUAUUGACUUUUUUAAUGACAGCAAUGCUGGUUUCACUCGCUGAACCAGUAGUGCGCAUUGUCUUCCAGCGCCGUGCCUUCGAUGCUUCUGCGUCUAAACUGGUUUCUUCUCUUUUGAUAUGCUAUUCCCUAGGCUGUACAUUUAGUCUGGCAAGAGACCUAUUGGUUCGUGUAUUUUACUCUCUGGGCGACAGUCGCAUCCCAUUUCAAAUUAGUGCUGCUGCAAUCUCCGCCAAUGUUCUCCUCGAUUGGAUAGCAGUCCGACGACUUGGGCUUGGUGUUCAAGGAUUGGUCUUGGCCACAUCAUUCGUGAAUGGUGCUUCAGCAGUGGCUUUGCUUCUUUUACUUUCCAGCAACUUGGACGGGUUGAAGCUGAGGCAUUGGGUACAACCACUCUCCAUACUUGGCUUCAGUGCCACGCUUGCUGGCAUAGUUGCAAAAGUGUCGUAUAAUGAGUUGCUCGUUAAAUUGGUUGCAAAUUUACACGCUGCAAGUGAGAGGUCACUAUGGCUUGCGGAUGUGAUAUCAGUGAUUCUAGCGGGUGGCAUUGGAGUGAUUUCAUACUUUCUGCCACUCAUUAUCUUUCGUAUUCCUGAGAUGGAAGAUGUACUUAAACUUUUGAAGGCCAAAUUAUAAUAAUCGAGAAAACGGCAGGGACAGGAAAAUUGUCAUAUAUGCAUAUUAUGUAUCAUUGCUUCCAAAGUUGUCACUAUAAAU